AUGGCAAGCACUAUGGCCGUCUCGGGCGAAGAAGUCCCUCGGCCCCCCUCUGCUAGGGUGAUUUGGAACGAUUCGUGCCGCAAGCUUGGACGUCAGAACAAGUUCAAGAUUCUCGACUUUUCCAAGGAGCAGUACAAUAGUUUGAGCGAAGAGGUUCGCGCUGGGCUAACGCGUCGAAUGGAGAUUUUUUCGCGUGACAAGGCAAUCUGGGUUCGCGAUGGCGGAAACGCGCAAAACUGGGUCUUGGGGCCGUUUAAGAAGAUGAUGGAUCAUCUCAUCGAAUAUAACGAAGUCACCAUCUUUGACCCGCACCGUCAAUUCAACGUUACCACUCUCUACGAGAAGGUGCCACGCCCUCCUAACGCGUUUAUCUUGUACCGUAAGGAUCGUCACAAGGAGUUGAAGAAUGCCAAUCCGACGCUCAAAAAUAAUGAGAUCUCUACCCUCGUUGGCACUAUGUGGCGUCGUGAGGAUGAUGCAACGCGCGCCAAGUACCAUCUGAAGGCACAAGAAUGCAAGAACAUGCUCUUGAAGUACUAUCCUCAGUACAAAUACAAGCCUCGCCGCCCGGAUGAGCCCCUGGCCGAGUCCCCGAGCGCAGCGAGGAGCCCGCCGCAGGCGCCCCCGGAGGGCCGCCGGAGGCAUCGUUCAGUUGAUCCUUCCGAUGCGUUGUUGCUGCAAUUCCACGACCGUUGGCGAGUUCUGGAGAUGCACGACCCCGAUGGCGUUGCUGGCGAUGCGUUGCUGGCGAUGCGUUGCUGGCGAUGGCUGGCGAUGGCGUUGAUUCUGGCGUUUUCGGGCCGCAUCGAGAUGUGGGCGUCCCGGCCGGCGCGAUUGACAUGCAGCCAAUUGCCGGCGCUGAUGUGCGGGGCGUCCCGAGCUGCCGGCAACAUACAGAACAUGCAGGCCGCUGGCGAGUUCUGA